GCACUGCUCAACCUGUCAACCAUGGGCAGCGAAGUCAACGUCAGCGCGUCGCCGUGAACAGCGAAGCUUUGCAAAUGGAUUGACACGACGAGCAGCCAGCAGGCCACUGACGGCCACACAAGACACAACCACGCGCUCGCGCCAUGGACGCAGUUGUCGUGCCGCUCCUCCUCCUCCUCCUGGCCGUCGCCGUCCUUCUCCGUCUGCGCCUCCGGCGGCGCCGUGCGUCUGCGGCAAGCGCGGGGCGCCGCAACCACUGCCCCUACCCGAACCCCGUCCUCGGCAACCUUGUGCCCCUCAUCCGCAACUUCCACCGCUUCCUCGACUGGGCCACCGACCUCCUCGCCGCCGCCCCAGCAUCCACCAUCGAGGUGUGCGGCGCGCUCGGCCUCGCCAACGGCGUCGCCACCGCGGACCCGGGAGUCGUCGACCACUUCCUGCGCGCCAAUUUCCCCAACUACGUCAAGGGCGCGCGCUACGCGGUCCCCUUCGCCGACCUCCUCGGCCGAGGACUCUUCCUCGCCGACGGCCGCCUCUGGAGCCUCCAGCGCAAGCUCGCCUCCUACUCCUUCACAUCCCGCUCGCUGCGCCACUUCUCGGGGCGCGUGCUCCGGGCCCAUCUGCACCGCCGGCUUCUGCCUUUCCUCGCGGCCGCCGCGGACUCCGGCGAGCCCGUUGACCUGCUGGACGCGCUCAAGCGCUUCACCUUCGACAGCAUCUGCAGAGUCGCGUUCGGGGUCGAGAGCUCGACGCUGCUCGAGGCCGCGGGGGAUGGACACCGGCACGAGGCGUUCUUCAGGGCGUUCGACGACGCCGUCGAGAUCUCCUUCACGCGCAUGUUCCACCCGACGACCGUCGUGUGGAAGGCGAUGAGGCUCUUUGGCGUCGGGAGCGAGCGGCGGCUCCGCGAGGCCAUCGGCAUCAUCGACGAGUACGUCAUGGCGAUAGUGGAAUCGGAGGAGCGGCGGCUGCACGGGGAGGACCAGGACGAGCAGCACUUGCUGUCACGGUUCACGGCGGCUAUGGAGGAAGAGGGCGACAACGAGCUCGGUGCCAUGUUCGAGUCGCCGGAGGCGAAACGCCGGUUCCUUCGCGAUAUCGUGGUCAGCUUCGUGCUCGCCGGGAAGGACAGCACGUCCUCCGCUCUGACAUGGUUCUUCUGGCUCCUCGCCGCCAAUCCGCGCUGCGAGCGGCGCGUGUACGAGGAGGCGUCGCGCCACGGAGACGAUCGCGGCGCCGACGACGACGGCGGCGACGGCUACGACGAACUGAAGGGGAUGCACUACCUGCACGCCGCGAUCACCGAGGCGAUGCGGCUGUACCCGCCGGUGCCCAUCAACUCGCGGGUGGCGGCCGCGGGCGACGUGCUGCCGGACGGCACGACGGUGCGCGCCGGCUGGUUCGCGGACUACAGCGCGUACGCGAUGGGGAGGAUGCCGCGGCUGUGGGGCGACGACUGCCGCGAGUUCCGCCCCGAGCGGUGGCUGGACGGGCGCGGCGAGUUCGUGGCGGUGGACGCGGCGAGGUACCCAGUCUUCCACGCGGGCCCGCGGGCGUGCCUCGGGAAGGAGAUGGCGUACGUGCAGAUGAAGGCCGUGGCGGCCGCCGUGGUCAGGAGGUUCGCGGUGGAGCCGGUGCGGGCGGCGUGGAUGGAGGCGCCUCCGCCGUACGAGAUGACGGUGACGCUGAGAGUGAAGGGCGGACUCCCUGUGCGGAUCAGGAGGCGGGACGGCGACGCGGGCCGGCAGAAGCUAGCUGCCCAGCUCACCGUGACACAAGAGUAGACUGGCGGCAACUUUGAUUGGUCCAUCGAUCAGGGAGGGAACACAGAACACAGAAAAUAUGAUGAACCUCAACCAGAAAUUCCUGUGAAAUACACACACCUUUUCAAACAUAGGUAUUCCAGGUCGAGUUGAUAUGUGAUGUCUUUUUUAUGCGAAAUAUAUAUGCGAUAUGAAAUUGAUGAA